AUGCCGACGGUCAAGAACGGCAGUGUCGUCUACGCAGCCCACCCAGAGGGCCACAUCGAGCCCGAUGUUCACCUCAAGUAUAUCGAGAGCGAGAUCGACUUAGAGAGCAUGCCGCUCAACGGCGGUGUGCUCCUCAAGACCAUUGCUCUAAGCAGCGACCCGUACUUGCGCUACCGCAUGCGAGACCCGAACGUCCCCCACUUUGUGCCUGCUUUCGAUCUUGGAAUGCCCAUUGAAAAUUCCGGUAUUGCUAUUGUGGUGCGCAGCGACGACCCGAACUUCAAAUCGGGUGAUCAAGUCAGUGGCAUGCUUGAAUUCUCGGAUUAUAGCGUCUUCCCUGGUACCCGUCCUAUGGCUCUUGCGCGGCCUCUCAGAAAAGUCGAGAAGAUCCCCGGUCAUCCUUUGUCGAUCUACACGGGUACCCUUGGUGGCGCAGGUAUGACAUCCUACCAAGGGCUGAAAGGCUUUGCGUCUGAGAAGGUCAAGACGAGCAAGACUUUGUUUGUCUCUGGUGGCGCAGGUCCCGUGGGAACAUUUGUGAUCGAGUACGCCAAGGUAAUGGCGCCACAUCUGAAGAUCAUUGCUUCAGCAGGCUCGGCCGCGAAGGUCGAAAUUAUGAAGGACUGCGGGGCCGAUGUCGCGUUCAACUACAAAGAGCAGGAUGCUGAAGCAAUUCUAAGCGAGCACGGGCCGAUUGACAUCUACUGGGAUAAUGUCGCUGGUCCUACACUCGAUGCUGCGUUGAUCAAUUUCAAUAGUGAGGGGCUGAUAAUUGCCUGUGGCGCCAUUAGUCAAGCUGCGCACAAAGACGGCAGUGUCGUCCGGCACUUUGAGGAGAUCUUCCAACGUAGUCUGACUGUAAAGGGUUUUCUCCUCGCACGGGGUGAGGCUGCACACGUCCUCUCGAGCUUCUACGACGAGGUCAUCCCAUUGGUGAAGCAAGGCAAGAUCACCAGUCGCGAACACAGGUACAGCGGGCUCAAGUCUGCUGGUAAAGCGCUGCGGGACGUGCAUACUGGCGAUAACACCGGAAAGGCGGUCAUUAUCGUGGAUGAAGAGUAUCUGUAGGCGAAUUCUGUGGCAUUAAAGUAUACAAGUGACUAUAAGUAUGACAUGGAAUG